AUCAAUGAUAUUGUAAACUCUUGUUAUUCGUCUACCUUUAACUAAAAUAUUGAAUUAUAAUUUAAUAUUAUAUUAUGAUAUAUUAUUAUAAAAGAUUUAUCAAUGUUAUUGUUCUAAACUCACAAAUAGAGUUAAUUCAUGCCUGAAUUUUGGUCUAUAUCAAAUAUUCAAAAGCAAACAUAUAAUUUAACUAUGAAUUGCUAUGAAGUAAACAACAAACAUUCUUUUUUUCCUUCAAAAACAAAGCCUUCAAAUAUUCCGACGUAAGUAUGUAUUCUCUUUGCUUCUCCUCAAAGAUAUUCUUUGUAUAUGAACACAAUCCAUUCAAACACUUUUCGUGGAAUAUAAAAUGUAUAUAUACUGAUGCCUGAUCAGACGUCCAACUCAAUCUCGUGCAUUUUAAUAAUUUAAUGACGUCCGUAAAGCGGUCAAAAUCAUUUGUACUUCUAAUUUAUUUAAUCUCAAGUUUGCUAUUACGGGUCUCAGAAGCGUCCGUUGUUUCAUCCGGAGAUUUUAAUAAGGACUUCCUCGUCACAUGGUCUCCAACCCACGUUAACACCUCCAGCGAUGGUCGAUCAAGAACUCUUAAGCUUGAUCAAGAAUCUGGAGCUUCCUUUUCUUCCAUCCAGACGUUCUUGUUCGGAAAAAUAGAUAUGAAGAUCAAACUAAUUCCUGGACCUUCUCAAGGAACCGUGGUUGCUUAUUAUAUGUCCUCGGACCAGACCAACCGGGAUGAGAUAGACUUUGAAUUCUUGGGAAACGUAAACGGGCAGCCUUAUAUUCUUCAGACUAAUAUCUAUGCCGAUGGAGUUGACAAUCGUGAAGAAAGGAUCCAUCUCUGGUUUGACCCAACCAAGGACUUUCACACCUAUUCCAUCUUGUGGAACGUUCACCAAAUUGUGUUUAUGGUGGAUCAAAUUCCGAUAAGACUAUACAGAAACCAUUCAGAGAAAGGAGUAGCCUAUCCAAGGUUGCAACCUAUGAGUAUAAAAGUGAGUCUAUGGAACGGUGAGAGCUGGGCUACAAGUGGUGGGCAUGAGAAAGUUGAUUGGUCAAAGGCUCCAUUUGUGGCAUCCUUUGGGGAUUACAAGAUAGAUGCUUGUAUUUGGAAAGGCAACCCAACAUUGUGUAACGAAGAGAACAAUGAAAAUUGGUGGAACAAAAAUGAAUUCAGUUCUUUGACAAGAGUGCAAAAGAGAUGGUUUAAAUGGGUAAGUAAGUACCAUUUGAUUUAUGAUUAUUGCCAAGAUUAUGCAAGGUUCCAUAACAAGCUCCCCAAGGAAUGUUCUCUUCCUAAAUAUUAAAGAUUGAAUUUGCAUUUGCUCUUCAGCUUUUAUUUUAUAUUCAUUAAUUAUACUUUUUUAUCUAUUUUCUAAAUGUGUUUGUUCUUCGUUUGUAAAAGUAUAUAUAAUUAUACAUACUGGUUUUCGUGAUAU